GGGGGCACAAGUUGGGACUCGCAUGCUACCUGCUCUUCCACUGAGAUCAGGACCUCAGCGCCAGCUGGCCGUCGCCAGAUCUUUCAGGCCGGGCUUGUUGUGGGUUGGACAUCCGUGACAUGCAUUUUAAAGGAAUUGGCCGUAGGAGUAGCAUUACCAGUCGUCGGAACAUGUUGUCGUGCGCCGUCGCUUCAUGUUGUGCGGCUGACCAGGCCGACAGCUGCGACGGUUCCCUUCGGUCGGUGGCAGACGCCGAGAAGGGCGGGCGGCCCGACAGAGCAGCGGCGUGGAGCUUCAAGCUCCACGGUGUUCGCCCACGUCUUCGUUUCAGUCCAGUGGGCCACAGUCGCCCGCUCGCUCUUCUCCCUCCUUUCUUCCUCUUCCUCCUCCAUCCUCCUCUUCGGGGCGCAGUGGCACCCUCGAGAGCGGUCUACAGGUCCCGCUGCCCGCAGCGAGGAUCGAUGCUGUACAGGCGGGGCACGGGCAUUCCCUAAGCAGCUCUUCCGUGAGGGUCAUACGCAUGUCUUCUGAGAAGCUCGCAGGUGCGCUGUCAGAUCCGAAAUCGUGUGGGCGACGUUGCCUCCCGCUGCCUCCCGUGGCCUUCAAUUCCCUAUAUCCCUAUCCCUAUGCCGAUCCCUCCUAUCAUGGCCCCCCCAUCGUGACCCCCCAUCGUGGCCCCCACGGCAACUAUGUAGAGUUGGUUAGGGCCUUCUGUCGCGAGGGCGUGCGUUUUUUUUGCGGCCAGGGGCUUAGCCAAGACAGGACUGGCCCCAACGCUACCAGGCUGACAGGCGGGUGUCGGAGGACGCGGAGCACUUCAGCUCCAUAGCAUUCUGCCACACCCCUUUUUUGCCUUUGCAGCCAGGGAGGCUGCCGACGCCCGAUGAAGCGCGCGGAGGAUGAUGAGUCCGUGCGCGCACGCGGGCACGCUCGCUAGCCGCCCCCGAACUUUUAGUGGAUGGCAUCAGCCCCCCCAUCCCCCUCUGCCUAGCGGUCGAUGUUCGAGGAUCGAGCUACUGCACAUCAUUCCCACGGCGUCGAUGCACCUGUGAGCUCGCCGGAUCUCCCGUGGCGAAAGCUUUUUGCAAGCCCUGCCGCCUGUCCGCAGCGCUGUACAGGCCGGCGGAGGGUGAGAGGGAGUUGCAAUCCGCACGCCGACAUGUGGCCGCAGCUGUUUUGGAGCAGGUGGCGCUCAUCGCGCCCUGAGCCCUCUCUUUGCGAAGGCUCGCUGGUAGCUCCAGCGGGGCUCGCUGGUGGCUCUCCAGUGGGGCCUGCGAACGGCCAGAGGUCAGCAGAGGUCGAGAAGCCGAGAUUGCCCAUCGUCGGGGCAGUUCCGGCCCUUCCUGGCGACCCGACAGAGAGAAGGCGCUGGAGGUGUUUUUUCGCUCUCUUCGGCUUUCGGCUCUUGGGCCCCACGGCCGUCGUCUUGGCC